AUGUCGACCAACACCUUUGUCAAGAAGCUAGCUGCCAACGACCGUCCUACAAGAGAGGCUGCCUUCAAGGUCUUGAAGAAAUAUCUCGAAACCGCAAAGCCCUUGUCGUUUGUCAAUUAUCAACAUUUAUGGAAAGGGUUGUUCUACUCAAUGUGGUUUUCUGAUAAACCAAGACCACAGCAGAGACUAGCCAGAUUGCUAGGUGAUUUGUUUUCCGAAACUAUUCCUAAGCAAUCCUUUGUCAAAUUUGUCGGCGCAUUUUGGUCGAUAAUUAUAAACGAAUGGCCUAAUAUUGAUCAGUGGAGAAUGGAUAAAUUUUACUUGCUAUUGAGAAAUGUUGUCAAUUCCUGCUUUAAAAGAUUAAAAUUAGAAAACUAUGAUAGGAGCUUAACUGUGGAUUAUCUAAACACUUUGUUCAAAAAUGACAAAAAAAAUAACAAACUUGGUCCAUUAUCCGGUUCUCCAAAAAUUUUGACUUCAAUUCCUUAUCAUAUCAUCGACAUUUAUGUUGAUGAAUUAGAAAAAGUUCUUUUUCAAGAUAUCGAUAUCGACGAUCUAGAAUCAAGAUCCCAAAUUGCAAAUGAAACUUCAAUAGCCCUCUUGAUUGAGCCAUUCUACGACCUUUCCAAGAAUGCUAUUUUUAAACCUUUAAGAGUAAAAACCAUCAAGGAAAUCCUCAAGAGCCCAAAGUUGAUAGAAUGGGGUGUUUUGAAAAAUGACGAAAAUGAUGAGGAAAAUGACGAGGAUAGUAAAAAUAACAAUGGCGAUGACAUUCAAAGUCAUCAAAAUGAAACAAGUAAAAAUAGCGAAGACCCUAGCCCUGUUUAA